AUGCUCAGCCGCGCUGUGGCAACGCUGGUCCGACGCCACCCGCAGCUCGUCCAGCCGCAGAGGUCGCUCACACACGUCACUUCAGCUGCGACUGGCCUCGUACCCAAGAACCAGAUCAAGCCGCAGCGCAAGGCGUGGGGCACAACGGUGCUUGCACUCGAGCGCUACAAAGAGCUCCAUGGCCACCUGCAAGUGCCCCAGUCCUUCAAGGUCGAGCCAUCAAUCCGCGCUGCGUGGCCUGAAGAGACAUGGGAUAUUGCGCUCGGUCGCGUUGUCAACAACCUACGUACGCAGUGGAGGCGCAACGUGCUCUCGUCGACUCAAAAGCACGACCUCGAGCGUCUCGCGUUCCCGUUCACGGGACGCACGAUUAUUGCGUGGUCAACCAAGCUCCUUGCGCUCAAGACAUUUUGCGCACUCGAAGGCCACGUGAACGUCCCGAUUGCGUUCAUUGUGCCCAGCGACGACGUCUGGCCACCGGUCUUGCACGGCAUGAAGCUCGGAAAGGUUGUCAACGCGAUCCGAAACCAGGUCGAGUCGCUACCAGCGCAUGAGAAAAGCCAACUUGACGCACUGGGUUUCGUUUGGUCGUCUUGGGAGCGAUCGUGGGACGCGAAACUCCUCGCUCUCGAGACAUACCACCGCCGAUUUAACGACUUGCACGUCCCGCGCGACUUUGUCGUGCCAAAAGACGACGCGUCGUGGCCCAAGGAGACGUGGGGUAUCAAACUCGGGCUCGCCGUCAACAAUAUCCGCGGCCGCCCCGAGCGCCUCACCCUCGGUCAGCUCGACGCUCUCUCGUCGCUCGUCCGCGUGCGCGGCUGGAAGAUUUACGAAAGCCUAUACGACACCAACGUCGUGCCCGAUGAUUUUGUUGUACCUCCAAAUGAUCCUGCAUGGCCCGUGAGCCUCCAUGGCGUCGCCCUCGGCAAGCUCAUUCAAGCCAUGCGGCACAAGCCUGAGAGGCUCACCGUCGACGAGCUCCUCGAGCUGCAUGAGCUUGGCUACUUGACGAAGACAUAG